CCUUUACUUUCACGAGGAUGGGUAUAUCAGGAAAUGGCACUGUCACGGUGCGUUCUACACUUCAGUGCGAAUGAACUGCGAUGGCAAUGUAAGCAAGAGGCGUUUUGUGAGUGUGGCGAGGCUUUCACAGGUAGUCUUUUCAACAACCGGGACCCGAUGAUAAAAGAUACUGGAGGCAACAGCUCAUUAGCCAAUAUCGAGGCUCCAUCAUCAGAAUUGAGCCUCCCACAACAGUCUAUGGACUGGGCACUGCUGUGGCACAAAGCAGUCGCCGACUACACCGCACUAGACCUGACAAAGGUUUCAGACCGACAAUGGGCCAUCCUGGGAAUUGCGAGUUAUUAUGAGAAGAGACGGGAUUGCAGGUAUCUCGCGGGACUCUGGGAAGGAACAUUGGUGUUAGACUUGACCGGGUCACUU